AUGCCGUCUAUGACCUGCUCUCCACUCAUCAUCGUCUUGCUCCUGCUGUUUUGGGACGUGUGGAGCUACGAGGCUCCUGAAGAUAAGCAGGAUGAGUUUGCAAGGAGACCCUGCCCUGCUUUUCUGACCUUUACCAAUGCUGCCUACCUAGCUGGAGUCACUGUGGAGUUGCCCUGCCACUGCAAACCACAGCAGGUCCAAUCAGUUGUGUGGUUCUACAGGACACAUGCGGGCAGCUCUGAGGAGACCAGAGCCCUGACUGAUCACCAUGGCAACAAGCUCCUGGACACUGGUCUAGUCCCUCACAGUAACGACCUGAGGAGCCGAUUCGCCAUCCGUCUCUUUAGUCUGUUGAUCUUCAGAGCACAGCCUGAUGACUCUGGUCUCUACAUCUGUGGCUCUGCCAACAAAGAUUUCUUCUUUGGUUACGACGUGGACAUCCAGAAGGCACACAGCUUAUUCCCUCCACCAAGGCUCACUCCAGAAAGAACAAGCCACAAACAGAAACAGACAAAGGAUCCCAAAUCUGUUCAGCCGCUGUAUCGGGUCUUCACCCAUUACCGGCCAUGGUCAGUGUGCGAUCGCUGCGGUGUUCCAGGUGAACAGGUACGUGUGGGACUCUGCUACAUCCACUCCAAAUAUCUCCAUAUACGCUACAGACGGGCCAAUGAGACAGUCUCCUCAUGUGGAUCCGGAGCAGUGCCCAAAGCUUUUGUCAGUCUCAAGCAAAACAGAGUACAGGCCAAGUUGGAAGUCCAAAGCUGUCAGGUGACCUGCCCAUCUCAACCUACUCCCUCCUCCAAAGUCCUUGCUCUGAUGUCAUUUCUUGGACACAGUUCUGCCUCCAUGCCAGUGGAGGUGCCAGUGUUCUUCCUUAGCCACCCAGCAGACAGUGUCCUGACCCUGGGUUGCCCCGGAGCACGACCAAACAUGGCCGUGGCCUGGGAUCGAGGGUCAGAACCUAUUUACCGAUCGGAUCAUUUGGCAGGAAAUAAGCUUGCAGCCCAACCUUCAAGGCUGCUGAUAGACACAGGACAUAACCUUGUUUUUCAACCUGCAAAAACAAAGGACUCAGGCGCCUACUACUGCUGGCUACAGGGUCGCCGGGCCGCUCGGAUAAAUCUUCUCGUCCACAUCAGUUUUGGACAGAGCAAAUUGAUAAUGUCACACCCUGACUUCCCAGCAGCUACAAAGACUCUAUUUAUAUCAUAUGCUGCCAUGACGGCUGUGUUUUGCCUGCUGUUGUUUGGCCGAACUGUAGUCAGAUACCUGCAAGACACAAAAAACAAGGCUUAAACUUGUGGAAAU